GUGAUCACUCCUCUUAAAAAAUGGCUCCCAAAAAGAAGCCACAGAAACAAAACAAUAACAACAAGAACGCCAAUAAGAAAUCAAAUUCAUCUUCUUCUUCUUCAUCAUCCUACGAUCCACGCCUACAUAUUUCGGCCGCGAACAAGAAUCACCUACGAUGCCUCCACCUCAACUUGGCCUGCCCUGCUGAGCUAGUUUCGGCUGCAGCUUAGGAUACUCUCUAAAGGACUCAAAAGGCCAAGAAGCUCAAAGCUGUCUACGAGAAGCUCUUCUGCGCAGGGUUUUCCUAUAAUCAAAUUGAACUUUCUCUCUCUUCGCUUAAGGAUGAUGCUACUUUUGAGGCUGCUCUUGAUUGGUUAUGCUUAACUUUGCCGGGGAAUGGACUUCCUUUAAAAUUUUCUACUAGGACUUCUCAGCACUUGAAUGGAGGAGCUUCUGUUUCUGUCAUAUCGGUUGUACGGGAUUGGAUUCCAUCUGAUGGUUCAUCAGCAAAUACUAAUGAGGAAGUGCAAAAAAUUUCAGUUAGGACCAAGGGGCAUCAAGGUUAUGAUGCUCUAGAUUCACGCCAACCAUCUCAAGGAGAUUGGAUCCGACAAUAUAUGGAACAACAAGAAGAGGUUCAGUAUGAAAAUUGAGAAGAUUAUGCAAUUGACAAGAGUUCCAUCAAGGAGGUCUCUAAACCUAGGUCAUAUGAUGUUAUUGCUAGAGAGUACCUUGAGGCUCUUUUGGAAGCUACAAAAGCUAAAGAAAAACGGGACAAAAAAAGCCAGGAACAAGCAGGAGAUAUGAUCCGCAAACUCAAGCAAGAGUUGUCUGCUUUAGGAUUGUCACAUAAUGCCUUGGCAUCAGAUUUUGAGCUUGAACAUGCUUCUGCUUAUGCUUGCAAUAUAGUUUCUAGAUCCAUGCCUUAUGAUGACCUUGAGGUUGUAACAUCAGAUGAAAUAUAUGGUGCUUGAUUUGUUGAGCAUACAGAUGAAUCAAUAGUUGGUGGAAACAAGGAGUUUCCACUCAAACCUAUUCCUUCUGGAGAAUCUGUUCAGGAGAAAGUAGAGGAUAAGUCAAGGGAUGUGGAGCUUGGUGGAUUCUUUUCAGAAGAUGCUCCAUCCAAUGAAGCAUUACCUACUGAAAUUAUGAAAUUACAGAAGAAAGAAAAGAUGAGAAUGUUAUGUAGUGACAAGAAUAUAGAGAAAUUAGAUGGCAUCUGGAAGAAGGGGGAGCCACAAAAGAUUCCAAAAGCUGUUCUUCAUCAAUUAUGCCAAAGAUUAGGGUGAGAAGCACCAAAAUUUAAUAAAUUAGUCGAGAAAGAAAAUAGUUUCUGUUAUUCUGUUAUUGUAUUACGUAAAGCUAGUGGCAGGGGCAAGAGCAGAAAAGCUGGUGGGUUAAUCACUCUUCAGCUUCCCAACCAGGAUGAAACCUUGCUGAGUUACAGAAAUAUCUGGUUGCAGGAUGCACAGAAUAGAGUCGCAGCUUUUGCUCUUUAUUACCUGUUUCCUGAUCUUCCAAUUGACCUAGCAAUUGCUGAGCCUUAUGCUUUGCUUGUUUUGCAGUGGAUAGAAGGGGAAUCAUUAACUAAAAUUGGAGACAGUGAGGAAGAUAGGAGGGCUGAUUUUGUGGAUAAAUUGCUGAGUGAAGAUGGUUCUAGUUCCAAUGCUGUUCUCAAAGUUCCUGACAGUUUGGUUUCAGAUUCAUUUCAGAGGUCCAAUGUUCAAGAAAAUAAAAAAUUUGAGAGUGUAGAAGCCGAUCCAAUUGCUGGAAGAGUGAAAAAUCUAAAAGUAUCUGAAAGUUCUCAUCUGAAACAGGAACAAGAAAAGAAAAGGAAAAUGCAGAAAUACAAGGAUAUGUUGAAAACCAGACAUGUGCUUCCAAUUGCUGUGCUGAAAGGUGAUAUAUUGCAACUGCUGAUGAAGGAGAAUAAUGUCCUUGUCGUAUGUGGAGAAACAGGAUCUGCAAAGACUACUCAGGUUCCACAAUUUAUAUUCGAUGAUAUGAUUGAGUCAGGAUGUGGUGGAAACUGCAACAUUAUGUGCACACAACCAAGAAGAAUAGCGGCUAUUUCUGUGGCUGAAAGAGUUGCUUAUGAGCGCUGUGAAUCUUCUCCAGGUUCAGAUGGUUCUUUGGUUGGUUAUCAUGUUCGUCUUGAUAGUGCAAGGAAUGAAAGGACAAAACUUCUGUUUUGUACAACAGGUAUUCUUCUGAGGAAAAUUGCGGGGGAUAGAAAUUUAACUGGCAUUACUCAUGUCAUAGCUGAUGAAGUGCAUGAACGAUCUCUUUUGGGUGAUUUUCUACUCAUUGUAUUGAAGGACCUGCUUGAGAAGCAGUCUGCUGAUGGCUCAUCAAAACUGAAGGUUAUUCUUAUGUCUGCCACAGUUGAUUCAGAAUUGUUUUCAAGAUACUUUUGACACUGCCCUGUAAUUACUGCACAACGCCAAACACAUCCAGUGACAACAUACUUUCUUGAGGACAUAUAUGAGAGUAUCAAUUAUCGCCUUGCUUCAGAUUCCCCAGCUUCUAUAAGAUAUGAAACCUCUACAAAACAAAUGUGUGGUCCUAUGAACAACCACAGGGGGAAGAAGAGUGUUGUGUUAUCUACAUGGGGUGAUGAUUCUAUGCUCUCAGAAGAGUAUAUUAACUCCUAUUAUAUUCCAAUUAGUUAUCAAUCUUUUGGCAAACAAACACAGCAGAAUUUGAAAAGAUUGAAUGAAGAUGUUAUAGACUAUGAUCUUCUUGAAGACUUGGUAUGUCAUGUUGAUGAAACAUGUACUGAGGGUGCCAUACUCAUUUUUACCUUGCUUCAUAAACAGGGAGUGUCAGAAAUCUACAUUUUACUUGAUAGAUUAGUGGCUUCUUAUCGAUUUACUGGACCAUCUUCAGAUUGGAUUCUUCCUUGACAUACAUCUAUAGCAUCAACUGAUCAAAAGAAGGUGUUCUUACGACCUCCUGAUAACAUAUGGAAGGUUAUCAUUGCUACAAACAUUGCUGAGACAAGUAUAACGAUAGAUGAUGUGGCGUAUGUGAUUGACUGUGGAAGGCAUAAGGAAAACCGUUAUAAUCCACAAAAGGUUUGGGCCAUUUUGAUAAAACAUAUCUAUCAUAUGGGUUAUGCUUCUGAUCUCACAGUGGCUGCUAGAGGCCAUGGCCACUCCCUUCAAGGCCAGUCACAAACUCAAGAAGGUGUAGUUAUCAACAUAGAAUCACUCCAAGAACCACUUAUGGAAGUUCACCCUCUUGAACUGUCGUAUGUGGAUGUUUCCAGUGGUGAGUUGUGGAUUAAUAUUCUGCAUGAGACUCUUAAGCAUGGGCUCUCACCAAAGUCUUGGACAGAUUACCUAUAUCUCACCGUCGGAGGCACGCUAUCGAAUGCCGGAAUCAGUGGUCAGUGCAUGUCCCCAGAUAGUGGUGAGGAGAGGGGUUUAGUUUCUCUUGAAGGUGAGAAGUUCAGGGCACAGAUCCUUGGGGGUUCACUCCCAAGAGGGAAUAAGAUGACUAGGUUGGGAAAUCUAACAGAUUACAACCAAAUCAUUGCAUUUGGCCAUCUUCCCGACCUUUGUCGUGAUGCGAAGUUGCUCGUGACCAUUGCAAAUUUGAGGAAGUACAUCUUUUUCAACCCGGAAGCAUCCUUAGAGUCGGAUCAUAUGCUAGUGUCAGACUCCAUGGGGCAACUUCCUGAGCACUUGCAGUCGGUGGUGUACAUCCUACUGGAGUGCCAACUGGCUUCGGCCUUUGAGGAGUUCGUGGCUUCCCGGCCUACGGACUUGCUGAGCACUGCUCUUCAGCUGCAAAGUCAGAUCAAGGGACAGAAUCUUGAGCUUGAAAGGAAAGCCGCCGACUGGGCAAUUCAAGCCAUUUAUACUUUGCAGCCAACGAACCUGGGAAUGGAUCUCUCCGACCUCCCACCUUAUUAUCAAGACAUCCUUGCUUCCAUGGCUCGAGCUGACGACGAGGCUAGGGAACAAGAGCCCACUCUGGAGGAUGAUCAGUCGGAGCAAUAUGUUCCUAAGGAUCCAAUGGUUGACCUGAUAGCCGGCGACCAACCGGGGGACGAUGAGGUCGCGCCUGUAGAUUCUGGAGAUGAAGCAACUUACCCAAGCAUGGUUGAAGACUGGAUAUCCCAAGCAAAUGCAAGACAACGAAGAGUAAGAGCAGGACGUGUAAAACCUGGAAUUUGCUUUUGUUCUUACACACGUCAUAGAGAUGAAAAACUCAUGCGUCAUUAUCAGGUUCGUGAGUGGAGUUGCAUAAAGGAAUUUCUAUCCAAGGCUUUAAAACCUCCCAGGGAAGAAGCUGUGAACUCAGCAAUUUCAUUGUUGUAUGAGGUCGGUGCUGUUGAAGGGGAUGAGGAGUUGACACCUCUUGGACACCAUCUGGCAAAACUCCCUGUUGAUGUAUUGGUCGGAAACAUGCUGCUGUAUGGUGGAAUGUUUGGCUGCUUAUCCCCCAUUUUCUCAAUGUCAGCAUUUCUUAGCUACAAAUCACCAUUUGUUUAUCCGAAAGAUGAGGUCUCUUUGCAAAAUGUUGAGAGAGCCAAAUUGGCUCUGUUGACCGAUAAGCUGGAUGGACUCAGUGAUUCAAAUGACAGUUAUCAGCAAUCUGAUCACUUGGUAAUGAUAGUGGCUUACAAGAAAUGGCAGAAGAUAUUGCAUGAGGUUAGAGCUAAAGUCGCCAAUCAAUUUUGCAGCUCUUACUUUUUAAGCAGUUCAGUCAUGUACAUGAUCAGAGACAUGAGGGUACAGUUUGGAACAUUGCUAGCAGACAUUGGGCUCAUUGAUCUUCCAAAGAAAUAUCAGGCUGAGGGAAAGAAGAAAGAGAAGCUUGACAGUUAGUUUUCUGAUAAAUCACAACUAUUCAAUAUGUAUGCUCAUCAUUCGUCAAUCGUGAAGGCAGGAUUAUGUGCAGAUUUAUAUCCUAAUGUAGCUGCCACUGAACAAGACAUUGCUGGACCAGCUCUCAAUAACCUUAGGAAGUCCAGUACUUCAGUAAAGGGUCAUCCAGUCUGGUAUGAUGAAAGAAGAGAGGUUUACAUGCAUCCUUCUUCAAUCAACAAUAAUUUAAAAGCAUUUCAGCAUCCAUUCUUGGUCUUCCUUGAAAAGGUUGAAACCAAAAAAGUAUUUCUGCGAGAUAAUACGAUCAACUAUCCCUUAACUAUUUUAUAAUUUGGUGGAUCCAUCAAUGUUCAGCACCAGACUGGACUGGUCAAUAUAGAUGGAUGGUUAAACGUUAAUGCACCGGCCCAAACUGCUGUCUUGUUUAAAGAACUGCGAGUAACUCUUCAUUAUAUUUUGAAGAAGACGAUUAGAAAUCCAGAGGUACCAUUCCCAAUUCUAACGAUUGUAAAUAAUGACGUUGUCAAGUCUAUGAUCCAUUUGCUGUUAGAAGAAGACAAAUGGCAGAAGUAAUUUAUCAGCACAAGGACGGCACAGGUUAUCUAUGUAAAUUUGCCGAACUGAUCACUGUAACCCCUUGUUGGGUAUCCAGAUCUAAUGGGUAUACUUAGUUACUUACAUUCUACAGCCGUUUUUUAUUAAAGACUUCAAGUACACUCGAAGUUGCAGCAGGAGAGAUUUGGUAGCAGCUUAACAAAAUGCAAGAUCUGGCUGGAAUUUUUAGCUCAUUAUGUGACACAGGGCUUCCGACAAUAAUACAAGGUUUUUAUCUCUUUAAGCUGAGGAUAUUUUCUUAUAUGAUAACAAUUUUGUUGCACAGGCUGAUGUCGAUCUGGCCUUGAUUUUUUAGAGAAACCCAAACAUUAUCUUGAUUUUUGAGAGAGCAACUUUUGUAUGUUAAAUUAUAUUGACAAAUCCAAAGGCCACUUAGCUGAACUUGGAGGAGAACUAUGAUAAACGUAGAAAUCAGCAAUGAAAUUUUGGUGAACUCGGAGGUUGUUCAUAAGUGUGCAGUUAUUAUUAAAGAUCAUCAAUAGAUGCAUGUUUCU